AUACUGAGCCCAUCCCUGAUUAAAGUUCUUGAACCGGGGUGGUUAGCAUGAGCCCAUGUAUAUUUAUCAGCCCAACUCGGUUUCUACGUUGGUGAAAGACAAGCAUUAUGUGAAAGCAGAUUGUUGUUGCUGCUUCCCAUCUGAUGGAAAUUAACUCUUUCAUGUUAUCAUAUCCAUGAUUCAAAUUCUUUUCUGAAUUUUAGAAGAUAAGAACGUGAUUUUAGAAUCUUAAUUUAGUGAGUUUAUCGGGAAAAAUAAGAUGGGACUGUUGAACUUCCCUACUGCAGCUGAAGGGGUAUUUCCUGUGCUAGUAAUGAACAGAGUUCUGUCAGUGGCUUUGUUGAAAAACAUGGUGAGAUCUUUACUACAAGUGGUAGAUGCAGCAGGGUGUAGUAUUUCGUCUUCAAAUUUUGAUAUUGAGGAGUCAGAUGGGUACCCGGAAGAGAUGAGUAAUGCAAGGGAGAGAAGGAUAUCAAUAACUGAAUUCAAGUCUUUGUGCCACAACAGGUACACAUUAUCAUGUGAGGGUUCAGCUGCUGCAGCGGGUGCUUGUUACAUCACUAGCAGUAGCAGUGGCAGUGGGGGUGGGAGUGGGAGUGGGAGUGGAUGGGCCAACAUGACUCUGGAUUGUUGUGUGUGUUUAUGUGGGUUUGAAGCACAUGAGGAGGUGAGUGAGUUGUCUUGCAAGCAUUUCUUCCACAAAGGUUGCUUAGAGAAAUGGUUUUCUAGCAAGCAUAGUACAUGCCCUCUCUGCGAUCUAUUCACUAGAAUGAGAGAGGCUUAAUUUAGUCAUUUAGUUCAGAUCAGAGGAAUAGUUGUUUUUCUUUUUCUCAAUUAUAUCCCAUUUACUUUUUUUUUUGUAAUUUCCUUUUUCUCCUUUCUUGGUUCAUUUUUUUUAGCAAAAACACUGGACGGGAUGGUUGUGUAGUGUAACAAUCUUUUUCUUUUGCUUUCUUCUGUGUGUGUUACAGUGUGUACGUGUACCACAAAAAGUACAAGAACAAUAAAAGAAUGAAGGGAUUGAAGAAUUUUUUGACUCCUAUCCUAUGUGCCUUUGCGUAUUGCAGUUUGUAACUUCUGUUUCCAAGUUUAGAAGACGUGGGCCAAAAAUAUUUGAGUGCCUCCGUCUGAUUGUAGUGACUAUAAAUUUCAGAUAAGCAUAUGAAUGUUGCAGUAGUACUGUAGUAGUAUAUAAUAUCAGAUGAG